UCCCUAGAUCCACAAAAAAAGGUGUAUUUAAUGGAUUAUUUGGUUGAAUUUGACCCAAAGAAAAGCACAAGCAGUGGUUUUGAAACCAGUAAUGUUAAACACAUUUCCACGUGUGAGAGUUUGGCUGAGAGUCUGAGCAAAACUGCACCACCUGUUUUUGACAGUCAAAAGGCUGAGUGAUGCAGCAAACCAAAGUGAAGGCGGCAGGCAGCAGUUCGUUUUAGGGAAAUAACAAUAGUUUCCACUCUCUAAACUCAAAAAUGGCUGACAGGAAAACAUUCCUGGCUGCUGCCUCUGAGGUGAGAUGUGAUCCACAAGACUCAGAGCAGAGAAAUGUCAGCGACACAGACCCAGACGAAGAGGAAAAGAGUGCACAGGAUUCAAAGGGGAUGUGGAAGAUCCCGUCUCUCCAAGAGCUGGAGGAGGUUUUACAUUCAGCUCCACGCUCCUGUCGCCACGGAGAUGAGGUAUGGCCAAACCUGUAUCUGGGAGACAUGUUUAUGUCUCAUGACAAGCUCGGGCUGUGGCAGCUAGGCAUCACUCAUGUGCUGAACGCAGCGCAUGGAAAGCUCUGCUGUAAGGGGAGUGAUGAUUUUUAUGGAACCACAGUGAAAUACUACGGAGUCCCAGCCAAUGACCUGCCAACAUUUGACCUUUCACCUUUUUUCUACCCUGCUGCUGAGUUCAUUCACCAGGCUUUGACAUCAGGAGGAAAGGUGUUUGUGCACUGUGCUGUGGGUGUGAGUCGCUCGGCUGCAUUGGUCCUAGCCUACCUGAUGAUUCAUCACCACCUCAGCCUCCUGUCUUCUGUGCGCUGUGUGCAAGAGAAACGCUGGAUUUUCCCAAACCGAGGCUUCCUGCGACAGCUUAUAGCCCUGGACCGAAAACUGCAGGACGAAGGGUCGAUUGAGGCAAAAUGAAACAAAAGAGCGACCCUACAAAAUAAAUCCAUAGAAUUG